AUGGCCUCCCUGUUCCGUGUUGCCGCCCGCGGCCCCUCCAGCUUCCUCCGCGCCAGCAUCAAGGCUGCCCGGCCCCAGCCGAUCGCUGCCCGUGUCUCCCUGCCCAUUGCCAACUUCAGCACCUCCGCCCGUCGCCUCGGCGAGCAUCACGAGGAGACCUUCGAGGAGUUUACUGCCCGCUUCGAGAAGGAGUUUGACAGCGUUCAGGACUCUUUCGAGCUUCAGCGCAACCUAAACAACUGCUUCGCCUACGAUCUCGUCCCCGCCCCGUCCGUCCUGGCUGCUGCUCUCCGGGCUGCUCGGAGGGUCAACGACUUCCCUACUGCCGUCCGCAUCUUUGAGGCCAUCAAGGCCAAGGUCGAGAACCCCUCUCAGUACCAGCAGUACCUCGACGAGCUCAAGCCCCUGCGCGAGGAGCUGAGCAUCCCCCUCAAGGAGGACCUGUACCCUGAUGCCAAGUGGUAA